AUGGCAGCGGCACCGGCACCAGCGAAGAUGAUUACUUUGAAAAGUUCUGACGAACAGGCCUUCGUUAUCGAGGAGACCGUUGUAUUGCAAUCUAAAACCCUGGAGUACAUCAUAGCUGAUAAUGAAUCUGAGGAUUACGUAUUCCCUUUGCCUAACAUCACAGGCAGUAUCUUGGCAAAGGUAAUAGAAUACUGCAGGAAACGCGCCGAGGUUGAGACCAGUGAUGCGGAUAAACAGAUUUGGGAUGCAGAAUUCGUGAAUGUCGGUAAUAAUAUUCAAUUAUUAUUUGACUUAAUCAAGGCUUCGAAUUCUCUUAAGAUAAACGGAUUGGCAUACUUGCAUAUCACAAGGUGGGGAAGAUGA